CAAAACUCCCACACAAACAAGAGCCAAAAGCCAACACACAACAAAACUCAAACAAAAAUGGGACUUCUUCAACGUCCCUUGUGUUGCCACACACAACAACCACAAUCCCAUCAUCACCUUCAUUCCGAGUCAUCAACUUCAUCCUCCCUCUCUUCACAACCAAGCCUCCCUUCUGUCCCCUCCCUCACCCCACAAAAACCGCAUUUCCUCGAAGAACAACCCCAAACCACCCACCACAGACUCAUCACCGCCGUCAAGGGCCACACCUCACCAAUCUUCUCCCUCGCCCUCCACGGCAAGUCCCUCUAUAGCGCCUCCUCCGGCGGCGAAAUAAGAGCAUGCAAUAGAAAUCCCACAUCGGCUAAUGAUAUAAUCACAUUAAAAUAUAUAAGUAAUGUCAACACCAACACUGUUGUCGCGACCAGCAACGCGCCAAUCAAGUCCCUCAUCGUAUCCCACGACAAGUUAUUCACUGCUCACCAAGACCACAAAAUCCGUGUCUGGAAAACAACAACCGACCAACCCGGUAACAACAACAACAACAACCCGAACUACUACAAAUGCGUCGCCACGCUUCCCACCCUCCACGACCGUAUCUCCAAACUCUUCUCCUCCAAGAACUACGUCGAGAUUCGCCGCCACAAGAAGCGCACGUGGGUGCAUCACGUGGACACCGUCUCCGCCCUCGCGCUUUCCCGAGACGGGUCCCUCCUCUACUCCGCUUCAUGGGACCGAACAUUCAAGAUCUGGCGAACCUCGGAUUUCAAGUGUCUGGAGUCAGUUAAAAACGCGCACGAGGACGCAAUUAAUUCCUUAGUUUUGUCGAAUAACGGUUUUGUCUACACAGGUUCCGCGGACACUAGAAUAAAGAUGUGGAAGAAGUUAGAGGGAGAGAAAAAGCAUUCUCUAAUAGGAACCUUGGAGAAGCAUAAAUCCGCUGUUAACGCUCUUGCUCUUAACUCCGAUGGAUCAGUGUUAUAUUCAGGUGCGUGUGAUAGGUCAAUUUUAGUGUGGGAGAGUGAUCAAAAUGAAAAUAAUAACACCAUGGUGUUGGUGGGUGCUUUGAGGGGGCACACAAAAGCGAUACUGUGUUUGGUGGUGGUGGCGGAUUUGGUGUGUAGUGGAUCUGCUGAUAACAGUGUUAGGGUAUGGAGGAGAGGUGCUGAGAAGAGUUAUUCGUGUUUGGCGGUGUUUGAAGGUCAUCGACGACCCGUGAAGUGUUUGGCUAUGGCUGUUGACUCCAACAGUGGUGGUCCUCGUGAGGAUGAUCAUAAUAGUAGCUCUUAUCUGGUUUACAGUGCAGGUUUAGAUUGUGAGAUUAAAGUGUGGCAAAUACGCGUUCCUUCGCUGUCGUUGUGAUUCUUUUUUUGUUACUACAAUUUUUUGCUCCCUUCAUUGGAUUUGUAAAUAGGAUCAGAAUUUUUUUUGUUAUUUUGAUGUGUAACUUGGCUUCUUUUUUUCGGUGUAGUGGUAUUUUUACUACUAAUUUGACUGAAAAAAUAAAGAAGAUUUGGAGAUGGAUUCAUACCACCAAGUUUGAUUUGGUUUUUCUGUGUA